GGUCGAAGUAGUUGAUGAUCACUUCGUUUGUGGUUGUAGACACAUUUUCCUUUAUUCUCUAAGCGAAGUCCUACAUUUCUAUCUCUUUUCUUUGCUCACCUCCAGUAACCCUUGUAUAUUGGGGCCAAAAGCUAUCAAGCAGCCGGUAGAUUUCCCGCCUUUGGAGGACAAAUCAUUUGCAUCGAUCGGUGAGUUAAUUACAAACCUUUUCGUUCGCUUUUUUGGUAUUUUUUUUCCUCUAACUGUGAAUCUCGAAGCUUCUAUGUCCAAAGCGCUACAUUUUUACAUUUUAUGGCCUGUUUAUCAUAUAGCUCAUAUUGUUCGCAAUUAUCCAUUGAAUGCAUCCCUAAACAGGACGAUUUAUAUUCAAUUAUCUGCUUCGAGUAUUAAGAUAAAAUGCUUUGUCUUCAGUGCACGUGAAUUGGCCCCAUGCGUUUGUUAUUGUUUAUGUUUAUGAACACUGUCUGUCCUUAAAUUGUAUUUUGGUUCAUAAUAUACACACACAGGCAAAACAAAAUAUAUUAAGCCCAAUAUACACAGGGUUGGCUGCCAUCUGAAUUUCGUUAAUUUGUGAAAACGCCGCUAUAAUUGCGCUCAUAUUUUUGUUCCUUGAAGUCGACAAGGCUGUCGCGUGCUACAAUGCUGAGUGAGCGAAAUAGUAUUAAGCUGGGUAUUACAAAAAAUCAAUGGCCCUUACCAGAUAUCCCACACGAGUUAACACUGGACAUGCAAGCUACUAUAGUCCGCCAAGUGGGGAACGGGGAAUAGUGAAGGUAAAAUGAACAGUGGUUACUGUUGAUCCCCUCUCCACAUAGUAAUAAGCGAUUACAGCAUGCGAGUUAGAGUUAUUAAAAAUUUAGUAUUUUUUUUAUUGGCAUUCUUGGGCAGUGGCAUGGCUUGGAGAGAAAUUCUUCUGAACUUUUUAUUUAGUGAGGAAUGUGGAGUUGCAAAUGGGUGUUGUGCGGGCGAGGAGAGAACCCUGGGAACGAGGUUGGUCUUGUGGCCAGGGGAAUUCUUUUAUGCCUACUAAAUAGCAUACACUAGUCUUCCUUUUUACAAUAUUAUUGGAGUCUAUAUAAUUCAGGACAAUGCCUCUUACUGCAAUAUUAUCACUUCACAAGUAUGAGCUGCUUGCAUUAAAUAUAUUACAUCAAAACUUUGUGGGUGUAAAUGGUUGAAGUCCUUCGACUGUUAUUUGAAACUAAUUUUUUCACAAUUGAUAGAUCAUUUUUUACAUGACAGAAGCACUCAUGUAGAAAACGGAUGCAUCUGCGAUACUCAUACAGAAUUUUGAAAAAUAAACAAACGAAGAAAACAAGUUGGGCCAUUUGCACCUCCUGCUCCCAGAUGUCAGAUUUUAUCUCCCCAGACCCUCCCCAGGUCAUCUUGCUCUUUCUUAAGGGAGAUUCGACUAUGGAGGAAAUAGGUUAACAAGAGGCCAAACACUUGUUGAACAUUUGUUGAUGCUAUUAUAGAAAUUAAGAGGGUAAUUAUUUCAGCACAUGUUUCAAAGGCCACCCCAAACAGAGCCAAUGGUGGAACCUCCACACUCGCCGGGGGGGGGGAGGGGUACUAGUUUUCAAGCAGUUUCUCUAAUAUAGGGUAUAUAAAUCAGAGCGUUUGGGUCUAGAAUAGGGUAUCAUUUUUCAGGAAACUGAUCAGUUGGUUGAAGAUUUUAUCUAGACUAGGGAUUGUGGUAUAAAGUUUUGUUUUGGCUAGACUACUGUGCUAGUGACCUCAGUAGUUUCUGGAAAACAGCUACUCUAGGAUAGGGGGGAUUUAGGGAGUUUACUCUAGUAUAGGGUAGCAAAAUUCAGCUGAACUAGCUCUGGUAUAGGUUAAGGGUCCCAGCGACACAUCCCCACCCAGAAAUUCCUAAAGUCACGGGGGGGCCCGGAACUGUAUUGUUUCCCGGUUCCCUGACCGUUUUAAACAUGCGAUAUUGCUCCAAAGCAGUAUAGCUUCAAGACAAAGUAUAUAAAAUGAUAAUCACCCAAUUUCGUUUAAGAAAGAAAUUACCCAGGAAUUCGUUACAGAGUUUCGUUUUGUCCGCAACGUUUUGCCUGAUUUGAAGGUGUUGUGUCUGACCUUGGUAAAAGCAAUUCUCGGAAGAAUUGUUUCAUACUGUCCAUGGAUUUUUUUUCUUUCGGUGGCGGUUAUAUUUUAAACUGUUUAAUCUAAAAAUGGGUAGAAAUUAAUUAUCAGGAAUCCACUAAUCGUACUACGACUGGGCGGAAACAAGAUUUCUGACAAGACAAUAAAUCUAAAAGCGUGGCUGAUGCUUUAACUCAAUUCAGGUCACGUCUAGACACUGGAUAAGUUCAAUACGAUAAGCCUGAUAAGAUCCAGGGGCUGUCAGCAGUCUCUUCUAAUACCCUGCCUCAUUAAAUGGGUUGCAGGUCAGUACAUUGAGGGUUUCACAUGUUAAUCAACACUUAAAAAGGAGUAUAAACUAGACCAGGAAAAUAUCUCCUAACUUGGUGGUCUGAGAAAAAUUCCAUUUGGUUGAAAUGUAGUUUACGGUAUUUGUACUGAUGAACGUACCGUUUUUUGCCCAUAAUUUUUGAACCUGAGCUAAAGGUUUCAUUUUGUUUUCGCGGGAUCUAAUUUCACGUAAUUUUUAGAAACUUGGCGGAUUUUCCGACAAUUCGUGAAAAUUAGAUCCCGUCGUAAUGAAAUUAACUCCCUCGAAAAAAGAAACUACAGCGAAACUUUACCCCUUUUAAACUUUCAACUUCACGUUGACUGACUGCGACCUACAAAGAGACUUGAAAAUGGUAACUCAAAAAGGUCAUUUAGUACAGAAAAUUCCAAAACUCAGAGCAAAAUUUGAGACGAAAAACAAAAACAAUUUUUCGUGCGAAUCGCUCGAAGUUUAUCAGCUUUGUGAAGUGUCAGGUUGCGUAACACAAAAGUUGUUACGUAUCCCGACAGAUUGUAACUUGCCAGCAGGUCGAGUCCCUCGUCCCUAUUCAGACUAUUCUGAGUUUUUUUUGGUUUGAUAGCAAUGGCCUCCUUGACGCGGCGCUUGAUGGUGUUAUUUUCAACGGAUAGUACUUUUAUGUGUCGGUUGAUGUUGUGACCUGCUGCCCGGCAGUGCUCGAAGACGGCUGAAGUAUCGUGUAGUUAUCCGAGCAUUGUUCACACUGGAUGUGAUAAACGACCCCGCACGUCAUUAAUUUUUCUGUUCGAUCCUUUACAUUCGUUACUUGAGUUCGCAGUGUGUGAAAAAAAUGUCGUACGAGGUCUUAAGACCUCUUAACGAUAAACCUGGUAGAUUUGAUAUCGACUUUUACAAUACAAGGCCGGGGCUUUAACGGGUUUUUCCGCAAAGGAACUUACAACUAUAUCCGCGACACUCAUUCUACCUCUGAAAUAUAAUUUCGCGAAAACUUGUUCCUGCUAAACGCAAACAUCAGUCGACGGUCAUCUCCGAAAUCAAACUAACACGAUAAUUCUGCAAAACACAACUGAAUUUUGUGUUUUGGUGAAUCAUCUUUUUUCUGUCAAUCCCAUAUAUUAUUUAUUCCCUUCCGCCGGUUUCCGUAAAGUUCGUUAUCUUUAUCACAUAAACACCUGAUGAAGCGCGUUUUUGUGGGAGGUUUCAGACAGGAUUAGACGGAAAGCGUAAUUGGAUAGCACCAUAUUAGUCUUAUUAUAUUUUUUACUAUAUCUUUUCAUUCCAGAAGACAAGAAAUGCUAUUUGUGAGUCCUGAUAUAAGCACAGGGAUUAUAACCGGCGCGGGGUUUAUGACAUUAUAAUCGAGUAUAGAAAAUGCUUAGAGGUGGUAGAGUUAAAUUGCUGCAUUUUCGUAUACAUUUGGCCGAUAGAUUCAGUGAUCAGACCCUGUUGAAGAAAACUGCAUCGCUCGUAUGAAAUAUAAGGAAGUGUUAGUUAGGCAUCUCGUGGACAUGACCUUUUUUUUUUUUGCUAAAACUAAGGCCUUUUGUUCAUUGCCUCUUUAGCUCCAACAAAGGAUAGUUAGAACUUACCAACAAGGAAAAUGGCUACAGCGGGUGACAGCAUUGGACAGGCGCUUUCCUUCAUCGCAUCAGCCAAUCAGGAGCUUAGAAAACAGCGUUCUGAGGAGGCUGUAACCCUGUUCUGCAAAGGAUAUGCCUUGGAGCCUGGCCUGGUCAAAGAUCACCUGGUCACCUUGCCACGGAACCACUUACAGAGCGUAAUUUACACACUGGAAGACUGGUGCGUGUGCUGUGGCGGAGACUCUGAGCAACUGCUAUCGAGUUGUGAAAUAACUUUGUCUGUUGAACAAAUAUGCGACUUAAUUACGUCACCGGGUCUCCGCCCUGAUAGUCGUGUGGCAUGGUCCACGAAGCUGAGGUCACAAAUGCGAAACAAUAACUACCUUGAGGCGGUUAAUACCUGUCUCCAAGCAGUGAAGGUAUUCGCCGAUCAAAACGAUAUCGUGUUUUUUUUAGUUGAACGCGCUGUUGCAUAUCUGUUUCUUAAAGAGAAGAGCUUUGCUGUGCAGGACUUGAUAGCCGCGUGUGACAAGGACUGUGAUGCUGCUUUAGCAUGCAUCAAGGAAUCUGGAGCGAAACUACUUCCCGUCAUUUUAGAAGCGCUUUACGAGGUCAUCGCUAAGUUUGCAAAAAAGUCGGAAAGCCACAGUGUGGAUGAGCGAUUCUUGUUGAUCAAGAUUGACCGCAUUGUUGUCGGUUUAAAUCCCGAAGACACCAGCACUCUGGAAGACUGCGCUGGUCACAUGAUUAAACUUAAUCAGUACAAGGAAGCUGUAGCUUUGCUGUCUGAUGGAAUAGAUAGGUUGUCAUGUUCUGGAAGAAGGGAAAUCGAAUCCGUGGAGUUGUUACUUCAAAGAGCGCAGUGUCAUUUGGCUCUUCAAGAAACCGAGCUUGCUGUGAACGAUUACCUUAGUGCGGCGGGCCUUGAUGAAGACAUGACGCGGAUCACCAUACUAGCAUUACCAGGUGCUCAGCAGGAUAACAUUGCCUCGUUUGCAAAACAAACUGCAUCAGAGCUGCUGUCUCAUUUCCGUCUUAAGGCGAAACUGAACAGCGCAUGCUCAGUUGACACGAGAAACACUGCUGAAAGUCUCCUCAGAGCAGCACUUAUGUACCGGCUUCUGUAUGUUAUGGACAGAAAUAACGUUGAUGCGUUGAUUAACGCUGCGGAGUGCCUGAAACUUCAAGACAAAGACGCGGAAGCCGUCAACACACUCAACCUGGUACUUUCACUGCGACCAACCUGCUCGAAAGCGUACUAUACGCGCGCAUAUUGCCAUAUGAAAGCCGCUGAAAUGGCAAGUGCGCUCGCAGAUUUCAAUACUACCUUAGAUCUCCAGCCAAGCUUUGUGCAAGCGCUUUGUGGCCGUGCAUUUGUUUGGCUCAUGGGCGGACAAUUGGAAAAAUCUGCCAAGGACCUGAAAGAUGCUAGUGGGAUAUCAAUAGCUGCUACGGUGACUUGGAUCACGGAAUUAUCAGAAUACGGACAGCAAACGCUCAAAAAUCAGCUGAAAGAGUACUUGAUGACGACUUUAAAGAAACGCCAACAGGGAGAAAAUUCGCGCGUGGAUAGCUCUCUUAUUCCUUUGGGUGAUGUCUUAACCCGCGCGUUUUCUACGGAUUUCGAGUGCCAUCUUGUUUUCGUGGAAAUUUUACUGGCUCUGUGUAAAAUGGAUGAGGCUCAAGCUAUUCUUGUUCGUUUAAUAAAACAUAACCCCGAUGAUUACCUCGCUACCUUGCAUCUUGCCGCUUUGAAAAUGAGAAGAAACAAAACAUCCGACGCGUUGGAAGAUAUUUUUAGUCUUCUGAUGGCGAUCGGCGAGGAGAAGCUAACGAGCUCCAUGUUGAGGUUGACCGAGGAAGAUCGCGCGCGCUUAACACGUGAAGCGCAUUGCGAGGGAAUUCAGAGGUUUAACGCGUGCUCCGAAAAUCCCUCUGCCCAAGGAUAUUUCACCGUGGCCAUCGCCGCCUCCCAAAACAAAGCCUGCGAAUCUUACGUAUGGCGCGCAAAAUUGAACAUUUUGAAGGGAGAGCUAGACACGGCCAUAAAAGACUUAGAUUAUAUACUCGCUAUAAAGCCGAACUAUGUUGAGGUAUUGUGUCAGCGUGGACUCCUUUUCGCUCAGAAGAACAAUUUGAAACAAAGUUACCAAGACCUGUUACAAGCAUUGCUUCUCAAUACUCAGGCGCUCAAAACUUUCAUUCUAUCACUUGCGGAGAAUCGCAAACAACUACUUUUAGCAAGGCUUGAAGAUUGUGCUCAGAUGUUGUUUUCUCAUUAUCUAUCACGGGGUUUUCGGUCGAAGUGCAUUUUAAAGCUCUGCCAGUUGUUGGUUCAAGUGGGUGCUGACGUAGUCUCAUACCACAGCAUGUACGCUGACGGUUUGAUCAUCUUCGAAGAUUAUCAAAAAGCUGCCGAGGAGCUUGAUGUCGCUGAACGACUCAGUCCCGGAGAUGCCUCGGUGCUAAGCCGAAGAGGACUCGUCCAUGUCAAACUGAAUGAAAUUGAAAUUUCGGCGGGAAAGUUUCAGCGAGCAGCCGAGAUCGAUUCAGAAGCGGUAACGUUUGCACUUGCUACCUUGAACUCGGCACAGAAGGAAAGUCUCGUAAGAAUCGCAAUCGAUAAAGCAAAUGAACACACCCGCGUGAACAAAAACAAACAAGCCUUGGGCUAUUUCACUCUCGCAGUAGCCGCCUCUGAUGGUCAUUGUAAUACUGGUCAGCAGCAAGAAAUCUUGCGUAUGCGUUCUAAGUGCUUUGAACGUCUCCGGGAUUAUCAGCACGCUAUUGCAGACAUGACGAACGUAAUCACAUCCGGGACACCCGUAGUAGGCGAUCUCGUGGCACGUGCAAAUCUCCACCUACUCAAUGACAAUUUUAAAGGUGCAUCUCUUGAUUUUGUUGUUGCUAUGGAUACCCAGGAAGUGACAGCCAUAACUUUGAUGUCAUCCUAUCCGGGCAAAGAUGCCGUCAUUAAAGCGUUCCUUAAGGCCGCUACGGCUGAUCUAAACUGCAAAAAGUUUUCCGAUGGACUUACGAUUUGCACUUACGGUUUGAGACUGGAUCCUAACAAUGUAGAGUUACGAAACCUAAAGCGCAAGUGUGAAUUUGGAGUAAGCAACAAAUGUUUCAUUCAGUAA